UGUCACCUUUUAGAUAAUAACGAAGCAGACCAUUAAUAGGAAAUAACUAUUGUACCAAGCUUCCCGAAAAGCCCCUUUAAACUCUGUUUCAAAAAAAGGUUUGCCCAUGAAUUACCCACGUUACCAAGCGAUCAACGAGUGAAAAUCAUCCCCAUAUACUACGCUACGGUGAGCCUAUAGUUUUGCCAAACCAACAACAGGCCUUGGAAGGAGGAGUGAAUGUUUAAUCAAAUAGCUCGAUGAUCCAAACUUGGGCACGAAUCCCGUAAAGACGGGGUAGUCGUACGUAAUUGGUAGGAAGUCGAAAUUCUGGGAAGCUGAUAACAGUCCGUUAACUGCGACAGCUGCAUUUUGUGCGCCAUGAUAUCAAUGACUGAUGCGAAAAUCGACCCAAGAUCACAUCUGAUCAGACCAACUCGACGUCCUGGCAUCCGCAAGCGUCGGCGAGGUCUUUUGCGUGGUGGCAAUGAUCGUGUGGAAGAGGAUCCGAUUCUCGAAUUGUUUCGACAAAUUUACGUAACGCUUUAUUCCCAUAUUUUGUAUCUGCUUAUCGUCGGGUACCUUCAGAUGAACAAUGUGUGGCAGGAUCUCUUCCGAUUGAUCUAUGGAUCUUUCCCUUUUCCCACUAUACGUCCAAGAGUUUCUCCUGACCGUUCGCGUACGUGGUACACAUUUGACAACGCGUACAUUUACUAUCCGGAAGGGAUAAUGCCAAGAGGAGAGAAUCUCCGUAUAGCACGCGACGCUUACGUGCGAGCCUUCCCUCGGCUUUUAGUUUCCAUGCGAAUGAUUGAUGAAGCAGGUAAUGAGUUGCCCGAUGCCAAUUACUAUAUUAAUUUGCGACACCCCCGCCGACGAGAUGAAGCCCCUCGAACGAAUGAGACUAAAAGGUCCCAGUGGAUUGUCGAUGGGGAAUAUCGAUAUAUUGAGAUCAACUGGGAAUGUGCUCUCUGGUGGACGCGGACAGCAUUUUGGUUGUACGUUCCUCUAAACCAAAACGCUAAUGGACAGAAUAUUGUUCAACACCGUCGAGUACGACUGGGGGCUCGCAAGGUCUUUCUACGACCACACGUAACUGUUCUACACCGCGAACUACUGGAAGAGAACUACAACGCAGUCAAUUGUGUCUACUUCUUCGAUGUUCACUGGUGGGCGUUCAAUAUCCCAUUGGAGGCACCCGUAGAACCGGAAGCCAGAAUCCGCAUGUACCUGCGGUGGCCAAACCCGCAGGACUCGGCACCUGUCUCUCCUGGGAAGCGACAUACCGUCCCAGGCACCCAGGUCACCGAAAAAAGGUCUGUCACAACUGGUCACGCUAGCUCAGGGGUUGCGGUGAAUUGCAGCGUAGAAUACAGAUCGAACCAUGUUUCGACGCAGACAACAGUAACCAUGUGUGGUAUGCCAUAAACAUACUACGACGGAACAUCAAAAUCCAAUGCCUGAGCAAAAUCCGAAUGAUGAUGAUGCAUCUUUAUUUUAGUAUUACUCAUAUGCUAUCUAAUCGUUUUGAACGGGUAAGUUUGAAUGUUACAGGCAUAAUUAGAAGGAUAAUCUACAAAACUAGAGUUUAUUUUGAUUGAAUAGCCUAGAAUUUAUCCGCUUGAUUAUUGCCGGGCCGUUUUGACCUGGCGAGAAAAUAUUCAACAGUUAAAACGACAUUCUUGGAUAAAACCAAUAAACA